AUGACGAACCCCGACAAAGAGCAGGUACUCGUUAUCGGACCCGACGGUCGACCCGUCGCGAUGCCGGUGGCCGAGGCAGAGGCCGCCACCUCCGGCACCACCGAAGGCGCGGAAUCCGAAGCCGGAGUCCGUCGCCGAGAUGGUCGAGCAGCCGGCCAAGGUCAUGCGAAUCGGCACGAUGAUCAAACAACUCUUGGAAGAAGUGCGCGCCGCACCGCCGACGACGCCAGCCGCAAGCGCCUCAAGGACAUCCACACCUCGUCCAUCCGAGAACUGGAACAGGGCCUGGCACCCGAACUCCGUGAAGAACUCGAGCGACUGAGCCUCCCGUUCACCGACGACUCCAUUCCCCCGACGCCGAACUGCGAAUCGCGCAGGCCCAACUCGUCGGCUGGCUCGGGAAGGACUGUUCCACGGAAUUCCAAACCGCACUGUUCGCCCAGCAGAUGGCAGCGCGCGCUCAGCUCGAACAAAUGCGUCAAGGCGCACUGCCUCCGGCAUGAGCAUCGGGGCUCCGCAUUCGCCUGCACAUCCGGACCAACAGAGCCCAGGAACCGGCCGACAUCCGCAAUCGAAUCCGAGACGCCGGACGCACCUGCGCCCGUGUCCGGACUCCCAGACGUUCCGUCCGUGAGUUGUGGCUCAGCCUCGGCUGGCAGGACAUCAAACACGCUACCGCCGGUCGGUGAUCGGUCCGUUCCGGAUCACGAUCGCCACCGGCGUCCAGGCCACCGCCAUCGGCAUUCUGUACGCGGCCCUGUUGGACAUGCCACUCCAGGAGUUCUACCGUAUGUGACGGUGGGCCUGAUCGUCUGGAACCUGGCAUCAAUGCCGAUCAUCGAAGGCUCCGAAGUCUUUGUCGCCAACGAAGGCCUGAUCAAACAGCUGCCAUCAGCCUUGAGCGUGCACAUCUAUCGACUGGUGUGGCGGCAGAUGUUGUUCUUCGCACACAACCUGCUGAUC